UUUUCUGCAUUGAAAUACAAGAGUCGUUGCCCCAGAUUGUGGCGUUUUGUGGAUCCGGAGUCUGCAAUAGUGAGGAACCUAGAAUGAGCUGACUUCGAGGACAAGAAAUUAGUCUAGAUGCAGUAAUUAAGGAGUAAAUCAGAAGACAUGGAAGAAAGGAAAAUCAAGAGGAGGAGCCCCAAGUCAUCCACCACUCACCCUGCUCAGGUUGCAAACUCCAAGAAAAACUCAGUGCCAGUCAGUAAAAGUACAGCCUUUUCAAAUCCUGCACCGCAAUCUACAGUACAAAAACCAAAGUUAAAACGAGUAAUAAAAGAAAAAGCCAAACCUCCAGGAGUGGAAGCAAAAGGGGCACAGGCAGCACCAAUCCAGCAUUCGUUUCUCACAGAUGUAUCAGAUGUCCAAGAAAUGGAAAGGGGACUUCUGAGUCUCCUGAAUGACUUCCACUCUGGCAAGCUUCAAGCGUUUGGAAAUGAGUGUUCCAUAGAGCAGAUGGAACAUGUGAGGAGUAUGCAGGAGAAGCUUGCUCGCCUCAACUUGGAGCUCUAUGGGGAGCUGGAAGAACUCCCUGAAGAUAAAAGAAAACUAGCCAGUGACUCCAAUUUGGAUAGACUGCUAUCAGAUCUGGAAGAACUGAAUUCAUCUAUACAGAAACUGCACUUAGCAGAUGCUCAAGAUAUUCCAAAUAAUGCCACAGGCUGAAAGCACAGCUUCUUUGAUUUGGAUUCUCUGAGAACCUUUACUUCUGUUUUUCCUGCCAGUGGAAUCUAGAGUUUUUAUUUUACAUAACAAAGAAUCAAAGUGUAAAUCCAGGUGUUUAUUUUUACACAUCUCUAGCUAUCUAGAGAUUUAAUUAUGUUGCUGUGCUGCUAUGCUUUAUAUUAUUGCCUUAUUUAAUAUGAAAAAUUGGGGAAACGUGGAAGUACAUUUCUUCUGCUUGGUGUUCUUCAUAUGGCUAAAGUGAUAUGUGUAUAUAUGAGUACUAGUAUUUCUCCAGUUUUGAUCAAGGUAGCAGUGGUGUUACCUUUGACCAGUAUGUAGACAAUCUACACACUAUCUUCAGUGUGUUUCAUUGACCAGUGAUGCCAUUGAGUUUUUAUUAAUAAAUUAAUAAAAAAGUAAGACAUUUUAAAUACAUGAUGUCUUUUAUUUAGAGAAGUUGCUAUCUGUUCAGCUAUGUUAAGACAGGAAUUCUUGCAUGGUCUGAAUGUUUGCAGAUUUGACUUUUUUUCACUACUUCAAAUAACUGUAAAAUGUCACUAAAUUAAAAUUAUCUUACAUGCUAGCAGUCUGGAUAAUUGGACUAAGUAUUGUGAAAAAAUCUGAAAUUGGAUAAAUGCAGUUACUGUUCAAUAAAUCCAAUAUAAACAAAUUUCCUUCUCAUUUUCUUUAUU